AUGGAGGAUGUUGGGCGAGCGCCCGCUGAAGCUUCGCCCGUGCUCAACUUCGAGCCUACUACGAUCCCCACCCUCGACGGUUGGAUCGAGAGCUUGAUGUCUUGCAAGCAGCUAGCCGAAGCUGACGUUCAGAGACUGUGCGAUAAGGCACGAGAAGUUCUACAGGAGGAGUCGAACGUGCAGCCAGUGAAAUGUCCCGUUACCGUCUGUGGUGAUAUCCACGGUCAAUUCCACGACUUGAUGGAGCUCUUCAAGAUUGGCGGUCCUAACCCCGAUACCAACUACCUAUUCAUGGGUGACUACGUUGACCGAGGCUACUACUCUGUUGAGACCGUCACCCUCCUUGUCGCCCUCAAGAUCCGAUACCCUCAACGAAUCACAAUCCUCCGAGGAAACCACGAGUCCCGUCAGAUCACUCAGGUCUACGGCUUCUACGACGAAUGCCUCCGUAAAUAUGGAAACGCUAAUGUCUGGAAGUAUUUUACCGACCUCUUUGACUACCUCCCCCUCACUGCCCUGAUCGACAACCAAAUCUUCUGUCUUCAUGGUGGUCUCUCCCCAAGCAUUGAUACUUUGGAUAACAUCCGAGCUCUUGAUCGUAUUCAGGAGGUUCCUCACGAGGGUCCCAUGUGUGAUCUUCUCUGGUCAGACCCUGACGACCGAUGUGGCUGGGGAAUCUCUCCUCGAGGUGCGGGGUACACAUUCGGACAGGACAUUUCAGAAGCUUUCAACCACAACAAUGGCUUGACCUUGAUUGCUCGCGCCCAUCAGCUUGUUAUGGAGGGUUACAACUGGUCCCAAGACCGAAAUGUUGUCACCAUCUUCUCAGGUACGCUCAGCACGCGAGACGCUACGCUUCUGUACAGCAUUGACAUUACUACAGCGCCCAACUACUGCUACCGAUGCGGUAACCAAGCUGCUAUCAUGGAGAUUGAUGAGCACCUGAAGUACACCUUCUUGCAAUUUGAUCCAUGCCCCAGAGCUGGCGAGCCCAUGGUCUCAAGGCGGACUCCCGACUACUUCCUCUAA